AUGGGUCAGCCGAUGAAGGAACCUAUGUUAUACAAAGCACUUGUGGGUGGCCUCCAAUACUUGUCCCUCACGCGAGCAGACAUAUCAUACUUUGGUAACAAGAUGUCACAGUUUAUGCACAAGCCAACAUACCUACAUUGGGGUGCAGUUAAAAGAGUUCUGCGUUACUUAUCUGGAACUCCGCAUCUUGGUGUGUUCUUCCCCAAAUCCAACACCUCUGCUCUACACGCUUAUAUGGAUGCCGACUGGGGAGGCGACAAAGACGAUUACAUUUCAACCUGUGCCUAUAUUGUUUACUACGAAAAACACCCCAUUGCUUGGUCCUCGAAGAAACAGAAAGGGAUUUCUCGCUCUUCGACAGAAGCAGAGUAUCGCGCGUUUCAACAACUCACUGUCAAGAUUGGCCUCACCAAUGAUGCUCCAUCUUGA